AUGGGGUUUAUCAUGGGUGCCACCCCAUUCAUCGAUAGAAUCCUAAAGGCCAAGCUACCAAAGGGUUUCGACAAGCCGACCGACAUGAAGUACGACCGGACGAAGGAUCCACAAGAACAUCUCACGACCUUCGAGGCUAUGAUGAACUUAGAAGGAGCCGCUGAUGCGAUCCGAUGCAGGUCUUUUCCAGUAACCCUAGCCGACCCCACAAUCAAGUGGUUCAAUGCCUUCUCCAACGGCUCAAUAGCCAGUUUCGACGACGUCUCUAGGAAGUUCAUGACACACUUCACUACCAGGAUCGCCAAAGCAAAGCACCCAAUCAGUCUGCUCGGAAUCACACAAAAAUAUGACGAACCUACAAGGAAAUACCUCGAUAGGUUCAAUGACGAAUGCCUAAUGGUCGACGGGAUCACAGAUUUCGUGUCCAGCCUUUGCUUGACCAAUGGCCUCAUGAAUGAAGAUUUUUGGAAACACCUAACCACCAAACUAGUUUGGACCAUGCAUGAUAUCCAAAACAUUGCAAUGGAAUACAUAAACGAUGACGAAUUAAGCCAAGUCGUGGCCGCCAACAAGCGACAGCACGACAACACGGUACCUCGAAGCAAUCCAUCGCCCAAAGACAACCCAAAGGAGCACUACAAAUCCGCCACUCCCGACCGGCCACCUAGGGUGGGGAGGUUCACGAACUACACCCCCAACUGGCCCCAAUCAUGGAGAUCUACCACCAAAUAA